GACAUCUGCUGCGUCCCACCAGGAACUGUGUUGAACUCUCGUCCGUCACAAUGAGCAACAAAUUCCUAGGCACCUGGAAACUUGUCUCCAGUGAGCAUUUUGAUGACUACAUGAAAGCUCUGGGUGUAGGGUUAGCCAACAGAAAACUGGGAAAUUUGGCCAAGCCCAAUGUGAUCAUCAGCAAGAAGGGGGAUUAUAUGACCAUAAGAACUGAAAGUGCCUUUAAAAAUACAGAGAUCUCCUUUAAGCUGGGCCAGGAGUUUGAAGAAACCACAGCUGACAACAGAAAAACCAAGAGCAUGGUGACGCUGGAGAGAGGAUCGCUGAGACACGUGCAGAAAUGGGAUGGCAAAGAGACCACCAUAAAGAGAAAGUUGCUGGAUGGGAAGAUGGUAGUGGAAUGUAUGAUGAAGGGUGUGGUCUGCACCAGAAUUUAUGAGAAGGUCUGAGAAAAUCAUUUCAUCAUUCAGCCGGUGUUUGACCAUCUAAGAUUGGAAAUCAUUCCUCAAGACCUGCGUACACUGCAGCCGAUUUGUCUGGGUUUUGCAUUUGUCUUAAUAUGCCCUAUAGGCAAAGGUUUAAAUUGAGGAUUAACCGAAAGUUGUUAAUUUAGACAUUUUCCAUUUUCAUCCAUGUCUUUACUGUGUUAAUCCCUCUGUACUGACUAGACACAAAUAGUCCAUGAAAAUCACUGUCUGCUAAAUUUCAACCUAGGCUGUGCUCAUACUGUUUGAAACAAUGAUAAAAAGAAGUAAUCAAAUACUAAAAGAAAGUAAGACUAUUGACCUUAACAGUGAUAAAUGUUUCUAGGGGCCUGGACAGUUAUGAGGCAGGGGAAAUCACAAAGGAAACAAAGCAAGAGGAUGAGCUGUUUUAAACUGGGCAGUUGGAGUUUCAGCCAACAGGAGCAGCCUCCAUUCCAUUUCAGCCAAAGUUUAUAAUGUACAGACAAUGAGAUGCACAGCUAUCACAGCAAUUGAGUGUAUUAUGACAAGUGCAUGUACCUAUGCACUUCACAUCCUGACCAACAUAAACACAUUUCCUUGAUCUUAGAAAGCUUCCUCAUCCCCCUCCCCAGGUAAUAUUUGUUCUGCCUCAACCCACAAGAAGCCAGGACGAUACUGAUUUGGUGCUAGAUUAGAUUUGCCUAAAACAGAACCAGACCUCAUGUAUUCAUUUCUGUUUCCUUUCUAAAAUUCAGCAUUAUGUUUUUCAGGUUCAUCCAGAUUGUUCCAUGUAUUAGUCUUUCUAUUGAUGAGUAUUAUUCCAGUGUAUAACUGUAUCAUUUUAGUUAUCCAUCCUUCUAUUGAGACAAUUGGGUUAUAUAACCAGUGUUUGUAUAUGAUGAAUAAAGCUGCUACAUUCUUGUACAAGA